AUUCAACACAGAGGGAGGGCAUCUGCAGAGUCCUCGCUCACCCACCCACACUGCCAUGGAGUGGGCUUCAAAACUGGUAGGUGCCUGGCUUUCUUUGUGCCUCUUUUUAUUUACUUUCUAUUUAUUAACAGCCUGUCGAGCUUGUUUGCUUUGGGAAGUGUAAACUUUGCCUGGGUGAACUAUUGCUUUCAGGGCCUGGCACUGAGGAGACAAAAAUGACCUCCCAGAGAGAGAGAGAGUGAGGGAAAGAAAGAAAGGAUCCCAUAGAAGGAAGCACAGAUGGGGACAAAAUGGACAGCAGUUAAGAAUGUCGUGGGAAUGGUUGAUUUGUGCAUAUAAAGUUCUUUCGUUUAUGGUGAGGCAUGGGGGAGAAAGUCAGUUCACUGCACAUUAAAAGGUGAACCGAGUUAAUCCACACAUCCCAAGACAAUAUGCAAACCAAAACACAGCCAUCCUACAAAAUUCGGACUUCUCUGAAUUUUGCAGUGCAGUUGGCCAGGCAACUAAUGUGUACAAAGCUGCAUAUAUAGGGUAACACACCCAUAGGAAUGCAUAUUCUGUUGGGAAUAGAAUAGAAAAAUGCAUUGCAUUAGGGGUAAUUGCUUUGCAAAAUGUCUAUUAGGCAAGAUCGCGUAUAAAAAUGUGUCUAUGAGGAGAAAUUUGCACUGAAAGUGCUGAUGAGGAUGAUUUUGAAGAACAAUUUGCAAACUGAGAUCACCUUGAUGGGGGAGCAUCCUCUCUCUGGGCUCUUCCACUCUGGUCGUUGAGCAUUUACUCUGAUUAUAUGACAAGCAUUUGUCUGGAUUUGCUGGUGGGUACUUAUACAUCUUCCUGAUAAUCAUUUGUUUAUUCCACACUUUUCAAUGUUUCUUCUUGCCACUUUCCUAAUAGCAAAAUAAUUGCAGCUGCACUAGGGUGACAGAGUGCGCUAAUCCACUUUAACUAUGCAAAGCUCAAUUUCCUCAUAGGCAAUUUCAUCCCUCCUGCAAAAUACUGACAGUUUGGGGGCUCCCUCUCUUUCCCAGCUUUGACUAAAUUACUUGAAAGGGGACAAGUGCUAGUGACUACCUAUACAAGGAGUGAAUAGUGAACCUUUGGCCCUCCCAGAUGUUGUUGAACUACAACUUCCAUACGUCUUAGCAAAAUGGCCAAUGGCUAGGGAUGAUGGGAAUUGCAGUUCAGUAACCUCUGGAGAGCCAAAGGUGCCCCUGAGUUGUAUGAUGAAAAGUACCCAGUGUGCUCUCUUUUCUUCCUCUCCAGAUGGUUUUCUGUGCUAUCUGCCUUUCCUUCACACUUGAUGCCUCCAGAGAAACAAAAGAGCAAAGCAAGGGAGCUAAAGGAAAGAAGAGAGGAUCAGCAAAAGCCAAGGUUCAGCACCUGAAGGCUCAGGAAUCCUCACCUGACCCGGUGCUAAGAGUAAACCCAGAGGCUUCCACAGACUACACCCUUGUGGAGGAUUACGAGCAGAGCAUCCAUGAGAUGGUUAGCCAGCUGCGGAACAGCUCUGAACCCCUGGAGAGCAAGUGCCAGGUCAACCUGAGGCUCUGGAUGUCCAACAAGAGGAGCCUGUCUCCGUGGGCCUACAGGUGAGAUAGAGCAGGUCUCAAGGCAUUGUGGUUGCCCCACACAGGUCUUCUCACAAGCCUAUCUGUACAAGACAAAAAAUUGUGCCUCGGUUGCAUUUUGCUUUCUGUGUGGUAUUCAACCAAUCUGUGGCCUAGAACAGUGGUUCCCAAUAGGUGGUCGGUGGACCCCCUCCGUGGCACCUUUCAUAUAACAAAAACUACCACAGAGAUAUCAAAACUGUCAAAAGUAGAGGGUCCAUGGCUUGAAAAACAGGUGGUCCCCAGAACCUAGCUACAGUGGUACCUCGGGUUAAGAACUUAAUUCGUUCUGGAGGUCCGUUCUUAACCUGAAACUGUUCUUAACCUGAGGUACCACUUUAGCUAAUGGGGCCUCCCGCUGAUGCCGCCACCGUGCGAUUUCUGUUCUCAUCCUGAAGCAAAAUUCUUAACCAGAGGUACUACUUCUGGGUUAGCGGAGUCUGUAACCUGAAGCGUCUGUAACCCGAGGUGCCACACUAAUUGGGAACUACUGACUUAGAGCCAACAGCAUGAUUACUGGUCAUGAUUACUGCUAUUUGUCUGUGGGGUGGUGUGUGUUGGGGGAGUGUAUUUGCUUAUCUUUUUAACUCAGACCCUUCUGCUGGAGACAGAAGGAAGUGGGUUGACAACAAGUGCCCCCGCACCCGUCCCAUGCAGGCUACAACCUGCUUCAACACUUGAGAUGCCAUCACACAUGAUCAAGAGGCACCUUGGACCUCCUAGCAAGGAGCACCACUGGCACGCUGGGAUUUAUUUGUAAUUGGUUUAAAAACAAUCAUGUUAUCUAAUCAGACAUUUCCCACCCUAUUGUGGCCUAUCCAAGGGUUGUGGCAUUCCCAUAUGUCACUCAUUAGCAUAUGCUAAUUAAUUCCUAUAUUUAAUACUGCCCUAGCUUAAGACUCAGCCAAGAAAAUGCUAGCGAAGUAGCAGAAAAACUUGGUAGUAUUGGCCCGAUUUUGUGGCACUCUAUCCCCGCCUUGUGGUGCUCUUGAAAGUACAUGAAUGUGUCACUUUUCUGAAGGGCCCAACUGAGACAUUUCACUCACCUUUUUAAGAACAGAGACCACAUAACUCUGAUGGAUUCAGCACUGCAGAAAAUCAAUUCCUUUCUGGGCCUUGUGGCUGUAGUUUGAUCAUGGCAGGAGGAACUUGGACCAAUGCAUUUACCACAUCAGGUUACCUGGGACCUUUGGCACAUGAAGCCACUGCUGUUUCCUCGACAUCUGGUUUCACCAGCUCAGUGAACUGCCCCCGGCAUGGAGUAACUAAAGCUUUGUUGUGUCAAUGGGUAGCACCAGUCUGAGCCUACAUUCAGACUGAACCAUUUGAAGCAGUAAAGGCUUCUAAGUUCUUCUGAAUGUGCCUCUGCCAUAGGGACUUUAAAAACAGUACCAUGCAUUACAGAGUUAGGAUCACGUGUCUCUGUAUGUUUUUGGGUGGGAAACAGAUUCUACUACCUCAUUUCCAAGCUAUGCAGAGUGGGGCUUGGCUCAAACCACACAGCAGAGGCAGUUAAAGAAAUCUACCCCUGGGGCACAACAUUCUGAUUAUUUCUGAGGCCGCACUAAAUGGUCUUCUGCAAGCCUAGGACCACAGUGUUCCUCAGGACAUGCCUGUAAACAUAACUUCAAAGGUAGGUGUUGCUUUGAACUUUCUCCCUCAUACGGCGCAAGGGCACCCCCUCCAUUUCUCUUUGUUCACAGAUGUUUUGCUCUGCAGGCACCAUUCCUUUCUUGCUAUUGUUGUGGCAUGAAUGCCUACCAUUGUAUGGCCAUUAGAAACUGGAGCAUGCACCAUGGUGCUUGAUGCCAAGGUCUUCCUACAUCAAGUAGGUCUUCCUACAUUUUAUGGGCCUCUCUGGGAGGAUUCAGCAAGUCACCUCCUGUCACACCUUCCAGUGCAUGUCCAAGUUCACUGAGUUAACUUACACAUGCACUGGAAGGUGCCAUGGUAGAUGGUGGUUGUUACCCCAAAAUUCUGGGGCGCCGCUUGGUAUGUAUGUGACCUGCCUUCCUAUCCUCAGGAGCCCCACCCCCUCUGCCCCCCAAAUGAAUGUGCUUGUUCUGAUGUCAGCACGUUUCCACUCCAGGAUCAACCACGACGCAGCACGAAUCCCAGCCAACAUCCCAGAGGCGCACUGCCUGUGUGCUGGGUGCAUCAAUCCCUUCACCAUGCAGGAAGACCGCACCAUGGUCAGCAUCCCCAUCCACAGCAAAAUCCCAGUGCGCCGACUGCUGUGUGAGCCAAGCAACCCCAGCCGGAAGAAGAAGAGGUGCCGCAAGGAGUACAAGACCGUGAUGGAGACCAUUGCUGUGGGCUGCACUUGCAUCUUCUGAGAACUGCUGCUAUUCCUGCUUCGGGUUCCCUAAGGAUUAGUAGCGCUCCCGUCUUCCUAGCCUCAUCUUCCCCUUCCGUUCUCCCAGAACGUGCUUUUUCUCCUGCCAAGAUGUGGGAAGAUCUAUGUGCUUCCAGAGGCCAAAGCUGCUUUCGUUGGACUCCUUCUCUCCUAUAACCCGCAGAGAGGUUGACAGCGCCACAUGCACACAGCAAGAUAUUGGAAUCGUAGAAUUGCAGAGCUGGAACGGACCUUGAGGAUCAUCUGGUCCAACUCUCUGCAAUGCAAGAAUAUGCAGCUGACCCAAAUGGGGAUCAAACCCACAACCUUGAGUGCUUUCUGUGCCGCACAAUUGGUAAUUAACUGUAUCCGACACGGAUCCAGAGCAAAUUGCUUCAUUUCACCCUAAUAACUCUGAAUCUACAGUCACUGGUGCCAGUUUUUACUCUUUGCCAGGCACGCCUGCUCAAUCGGGAGUUCAGCAGAAAGGGAAGCUGCUGUGUGGCUGCUGCGGAGGAAGGAGAUCCAGCAAAGGUGCAGCGGCUUCAACCAUCUUGCCCUCCAUCUGGGGCUCAAAGCCCUUUAGCACUGGCUUGAUGGCUGCUCAGUUUGCAAGCUGACUCUGCAGCCCAUCUGCUGGAGUUGCUCAGGGCUUAGGCCAGGAUGACAUCACUAUGCAAAGAGGCCCUUCCAUGUCCUCCUCCCUACUGGGUUGCACUAUCAAAAUGGAGGCUUUGAUAGGAUACAUCUUCAGUAUCAACUGAAGGCCCAAAGCUGGGCCACUGCUCUUUUGACAGUGCCCUGCUGCCUUCUGUGUGGGAGCAGGAGAAUCUGUACUUGCUGUGCUUGGUGGAGAAGGAGAGGCCUUUCAAGGCUACUUGGCAGGCUCUUGUACACCUCACACAAAACUAACAAGGAGAUGUCUUAUCUUAAUACCAAACAGUUCUAAAAGUCCUGUGCUGGCAGCCCUGUUCACAGGGCCUAGGUAUCAGCAAAAUGCUUGGCUGAGGAACAAACACCGCAGCUUUGGCACAUGUGCCAAAGACUAGACAGACUCAGGAGGCAGCAAGAGAUCCUGAGGCAAUCCAUUAUUCGUGACACCCUAGAGACAAGGACCAUGGCCGUUUUGGGAACCCACAACCCUUCUGCACAUAUCAGAAGCAGCAUCCCUUGGUGCAGAGCCACAGCUCGCUGACAAGAACCCAGGAUUUUUUUUGUAUGCUCAAAGGUGCCAGGUUUAACCACAGGCAGCUCCGUUAAAAUGGUUCUCAGGCAGCAGAGCUGCCAAAAGAUCCCUGUCCGAGAUUUUUGGGAAAGUGCAGUCAGUGAACACAGACAAGGCUGGUUUUGAUGGGCCAGUGGUUUGCCUUCGUGCAAGGCAGCAUCACAGGCUAGGAAGUCCAGGACUAGGAAUGGUGGCAGUGGAGACAGUUCUGGCUUGUGGAAGGCAAGUCCUUUAAGCAAAACAGUGCAAGAGAGAGGGAGCCACAUGCUAAGGCAGGGGUGGUCAACCUGCAGCCAUGCAGAGGUUGGUGGACUACAACUCCCAUCCUCCCUGACCACAGGCUCUUCUGGCUGGGGCUGAUGGGAGUGUGAGUCCAGCAACACCUGAAGGCCACUCCUAAAUCUAUGCAGGGGCUGCCUUUGUGCCAGAAUGCUGCAGCACUGGGGAGAAAACAAUGGGUAGUUUUCCUUUCAGUUCACUCAGUUUCCCAGCAUUUCACAGAGCAGCCACAUGCAGGCGCUCAGCUCUGCAGAACUUAAUUAGAGAACGAUAUCAGCUCCUAGUAGCCUUGCCCUUUCUGAGAAAUGGCAGAACUCACUGGCUGGUAAUUUUGCUCAAGAGGAAGCUUUGCUCUUGACAACUCAGCAAGCUAUCCCUUGACCAUAGAAAGGAAUCUGGGGGGUGAGCAGGGCUCUAGAUCAGCAGCACGGCAAGGAGUACAUUAGUCACCAUUUCGGGAGCUACAGAAUCAGCUCAAGGAAACAGCAUACAGUACCAAAUCAGGAAAGGUUCCAGGUGUUUAUACAGCAAUUCCUUCUGGUUUGGAAACAAUGGAAACCAAUUUCUUUUUUUGCCAUUAGGGGGAUUAUACCCGUCCCCUCCCCCCCAAUUAUACACAGGGAAAGGCAACAUCAGCCAUUAGCUGCAAGGGUUUGAGGCGAUCAGGGCAGUGGUUUAUGCAGUUUCACAUAUGUACAGGCAGUCAGAGUCAAAAGGGUGUUAGAACCUGAGCUGUAGCCAAUACCAGGAGACCCAUCUCAGGGCUCUCUAGCUGACUACAAUUAGAGGCAAGUUCAUGAAGCUUGGCAACAAAGCAAAAGGAACAACAUUGUUUUGGAUGGCAAAACAGACACACACAAAGACACAAAAAGGAGUCACAUCAGAGACAGUGCUCUGCCCGUUCCCUUGAGUAUAGAGGCCUAUGCGUAAAGAGAAAGGCCAACACAAAUCAACUCAGGGGUAAGGACUGCAGAGGCUUAGGAGGCAAUCCAUCCAUUCUAGGACAGGGUUUUGUUUUGCCCUGAACAGUUAUGGACAGUGGCAGUGCAUGGAUAUGGGGCAGCAGGUAAGGAACACUUAGCCUGAAGCAGAAAACCAGCCCAUCAAGGCUGGAAUCAGUAUACGAUGCUCCCCAUUAACCAGCUCAGGUCCCUUCCAAGGUUAUCUCAAGAGGAAGCCGUACUAGCUGGGCACAUGUAGAUAUUGAUUCACAGACUCUCUGAAACAUAGCAGGAAGGGGGAUGCCCUUAUUGUAGACAAUAGACACAUGGGGAUGUAUGCCAAGUCUUCUGUUUCUCUCCUUGCUAAACCUCCAGUGUAAUCCUUCAAUACCCCCCACCCCUACCCCAAUUCCCGCCCUGCAUGCACUAAAGGAGAGUUUCCUGGAAAGUCUACUCUAGCAGCAACUGCUAUAAAGUCACAGCUCGGUCUUCACUUUGUGCAUCAGGUCCUUCUGGUCUAUUUUCUCUAGGUCACGAUUCCAGAAGUUGUAGGCUAAGAGGGCCACGUUUUUGGCCGCCACAGCAGCCAUUUCCAUUGAGCUGGCUGCCCACUCCAUGCUGUUGAGGUAGUAGAGGUUAUCGUGGAGGACAAUGGGCGGGAGGCUCUUGGAAGACCCAUAGUCAGGAUAGGCCUGCCAUUCCGUCACCUGGACAGAGUAGUAGGAACGGAACAGAGUCUUCAACUCUUGCUUCUCCAAGGGGUGCUGGGAGUGGACUCGCCAUAUGGCUGCCUCUUGGGGCUGCUUCCGCCUAAAGGUACUGGAUAUAUUGACGGGGCAAAUGUUGUCCAUGGAACUGAAGAAGAGGACAGGAGCAUCUGUGGUGAGGAUGCUGGCAAAGGGGAAGAGCUUUGGAUCUGGGAAGCCAAAAUAAGAGGAGUUGAGGUAGCCAUGGAUGACAGAAGUGACCGUGGUGUGGAAGGUCCCUGGGAACUCAGCAAUGGGAGGGUCAAAGUUCUGGAAGCUGAUGUUGCUCUUGUUAUUAUGCAGUGGAGCAGCAAUAACCACGAUGUCAUAGAAGCUAGAGCCUUGGCCUUCCUCGUCCUCAUAGUGAACCUGGUAGAAGUUUUUUCCUUCUGCAAAGAGUGGAGAGAGAGAGAGAGAGAGCUCAAAACAGCAACUCAAAUACACAAAAACUACCCUCACAUCCUGCUGAAGGUUUUAAGGAGCUAAAUGGGUAAGACCUAGAAGCUGGAAAGCUUCUUCAACAAUCUGCCAAGGCUCUGAGGUUCUCCAUGUUCCUUAGUUAACCCCUUCCCCUCUGUUUCUUAUUAUUUUCUUGUUGUUGCUGGUUUAAGCUUCCAGACCCUGCCUGGUGAGCUAGACCAGACACAUAGAGUUGAUAUACAUUUUGCACAAGUGACAGAUAUAAGAGUAAACAGCGACUGUAUUUCUGACUGUCUACUAGUAAGCAGGUGGGGAAUCCUCCCACCUUCUGUGUGCACAGAUGCAAGUGAUACUAGGAAAGACCAAAAUAUUGGAGCAUAUGAAAGUGAGGGUGUGUACGUCUACGGAUGUCUCAGUCUUGGGUACACUGUCAAAAGGAGCACUGUUAACUACAAGAUACACCAGAUCUGGCUGAUAAGCUGCAGGAAGGGUGGCCAAGGUGGUACUUCUCCAGAUGUUGUUGGACUCCAAUUCCCAUCAGCCCCAGCCAGCAUGGCCAACAGUCAAGGAUCAUGGGAGUUUGUUGUCAAGCAGCAUCUGGAGCUACUCAACAGCUUGUGAGAUAGCAAGCAUGAGACUGUAAGGUUCACAGUGGCAUAAAAUGAAAGCAUGUGAAUGCAGCAGCAGCACAAUUGUGUUUUUCAUACUGUAAUUUUAUGUUGCGAACUAUCCUGAGAUCUAUGGAUAUACGGCAGCAUUCACAUUU